AUGUCGCGUCCGCGCGGGGCCCUGCCGCCGCAGGUAGCGCCGGCGACUGCGGCCGCGGGGCUGCGGCGCGUGGCGCGGUUCCUGGCGCGCGCCCUGCCGCUGUGCCGCGCCCACGCCGUGGAGUUCUACACGCGCGGCCUCUGGGAGCGGCUCGUGGCCCUGCGCCCCGAGGCGGUGCUGGAGGUGCUGGGCGGGCCCGGGCCGCUGGCGCUGCAGCGCUCCCUGGCGGAGGCCGGCGGCGCCGCGGCGGCGCAGUGGGAUGACUGCAGGCUUUCCAGUGUGUUCUGUGAGAACUCUAAGAAGCUUAUCGAUGUGCAGUCUUUUGCCCUGGCUGCUAAGUAUUAUUCUUUGUCAAACCUUGGACUGUGUACACCAUUAGAAGAGAUACUUGAAGCACUGGGAGGAGAAAGUCAAGAAAGAAAUGACAUUAAAACUGAUGAGUUCAUGAAUAAUAAGAAAUCGCAUGAAGUGCAGGUGAUGUCGGAGCUGAUAGACAGCAUAGCAAAUUAUUGUGGUAUAAAGCAGGUGAUUGAUAUAGGUUCUGGAAAGGGCUACCUGAGUUCCUUUUUGUCUAUGCACUAUAACUUAAAAGUUUAUGGAAUUGAUUCCUCAAACACCAACACUCACGGUGCUCAUGAAAGGAACAGGAAAUUGAAGAAACACUGGAGAGCAUAUCAGAGUCGAGCAAGAGCCAGUCUCAAAAGCCAGCAGUCAGAAGAGGUGAAUGAUAGGCCAGUGCAAACUGAAAUUAAAUGUGAAGCAAAUACCAAUGAAAAGCCCUUAAAUAAUAACAGCAGUCUUCAAAGUCAAGACCAAGUGACUGUCCAAGAUUUAGUUCCUUCUGGUGUUUUCACAGAAAUAGCUACAUCUGAAACCAGCAAACAAACUGAAAUUCAUUUGGUGACUCAGACACAAUCUGAUGAGAGCAAGCUUUCUGAAAAUGUUCUUGCUAUUCUAGAUGUCCUGCCUGCUGAUGCUGUUGAAGUUUUUUCUUCAUCUCGGUGUGACUGUGGGGAGCUCUGUGAAGAGGAAAAGGCACGAAGAAAAAUGGCAUCUGUUAAGGCCAAAGCAAGCAAGUCAAGUGAAUCAAACCUUUAUUUUCCAUUGACCUCCUACAUCACUGCAGAAACAGAACUCAGUGACAUCAUUACAGAUCUGGAGGGCUCUGUAAUGGUGGGUCUACAUACAUGUGGGGAUCUUGCUCCAAAUACACUACGAAUUUUUAUUGCCAAGCCUGAAAUCAAAGCAGUUUGCAGUGUAGGCUGCUGCUACCAUCUGUUGUCAGAACAGUAUGAAAACCAAGAAGAUUGCACAGAGGAAGUGUGGGGAUUUCCCAUGUGUCAGUACUUGAAGGAUGAGGGCUGGUGCUGUGGUCGCAAUGCUAGAAUGUCAGCAUGCUUGGCUUUGGAGCGAGUUGCGGUUGGCCAAAUGCUGCCUACAGCGUCAUUAUUUUAUCGAGCUGUUCUUCAGGUUAUUAUAGAAGAAAUUUAUGGUGUCACCAAAAGUGAUCGACAUGUUGGAAAAAUUUUCUCCAAGUCAUCCUCCUUCUUAGACUAUGUAAGAAAGUCUUUGAAAAAACUGGAACUAGAUGAUUCAAAGAUGAUCUGUUGUAUUGAAUUGGGUCACCCACCAAACUUGCAACUGAGGUACAGUUUGGAAUAUUACCUAAUUAUCCACAAUAGCCGGAUGCAUUUAGUCAGAGUGUGUCAAGCAAGAGGGGAGUAGUAAGGCAUUUGGGCCCAGUACUUGAGUAUGGCAGCAUCCAGGAGACAAUUUUUGACCCAGUGUUUUGUUUGUGAAACAUUUCACAGUUUGUUCUGUUUUAGUUGAAUGCCUCAUGUUGAAAAAGGGAGAACACAACGCAUGAAAAAGCAGAAAGGUUUUAUGUUCAUAUUUUCACAAAUAAAGAUCUUUAUAUUUUAAUUCCAAAUAACCUGUAAUAUCAAAACUCUGUUGUACUAAAACCUUUUUAAUUCUCAGCAGAAGUGGAGAGCUCAUAAGGCAGAGAUCAAAUAAAGUAUUUUUUCAUCACAUGAUUAAUAUAUUUUAAUUGGUUUGGCUUUUUGGAGAGGAAGAGAAAAAACCUUGCUCAGAUAUUUGCACAGCUUUAAUGAAAAUAAAAUGGCAACAAGACCAAAUGUGUCAGUACAUUAGUACGACUAGAUCUGUUAUGGAAGCCUCCAUAGUAGUAAAAGUACUUUCUAGAUUGAAAAGAAUACAAUUGACAGAACACAAAAGCUCUAACCCAUCCCCUUGUUUUAAGGCAGAAUUAGAAUUUUCUGUCAUUCCUGAAAAAUAUUUGUCUUAUCUUCUUAAAGCUUCCUGUGAUGAAGACCCACAACCCCCAGUCUUCAGUUAACCUUCCAAAGAGAAAGUUUCUUCAAAUCUGUGACUGGAAUUUUUUUUUGCUGUGAUGCAAGCCUAUUAGUUCUUACCCUAUCCACUGUAGGCAAGAACAAACUGUUCCCUGCCUCUUUGUGGCAGCCUUUUAAAUACUGUUAUACCCACUCUCAGUUAUCGCUUCUUUAGCCUAAUCAGUUCCAGUUCUCUCAAUCUUUCUUCACAGGUCAUGUUUUCUAGAUGUCUGACCAUUCUCUUUACUCUCUCAGGGCUCUUUCAGAUAGUUUAUGUCUUUCUUUGAAAUCCAUUGCCCAAAAUACAAUAUUCCAGCUAGAGCUUUACUACUGCCAAACAGAGUUGAAGGAUUGCUUCCUAUGCUUUGCAGGCUGUUCUCCUGUACGUGUUGCAGUAUGAUGAUUGCUUUUUUUUGCAUUAGCACAACUUUGACUCUCACUCAGCUUGUGAUCUGUUAUAUCACCCAGACCAUCAUUUGGUGUUCCUCAUCCUGAACAGUUGAUUAUUUCUGUGCAAGCGUAGUCCCUCCUGCAUUUUCCUAUAGCAUUUCAAACUUUUUUCCCAAGCAAUUCUCCAAUUUCAGAGUAUUAUUCUAAGUUCUAGCAAUGUCCUCCAGUUGCAUAUUUGUAGCUUUACUCACUUUAACCUAAACCUUGUUUCCUAAAUUUGCUUAUGAAAUUAUUAUGUGAAAUGGUGUCAAAAGUCUUACUGAAGUCAAAAUGUAUGACAGUCUUUUGUUUUUCCCUAUCGUGAAUCCUUUUUCCCUUCUUACAGCCAAACUGGUUUGACGUUGUGUGAUUUGUUCUUGACAGACUUAUGUUGACUAUUACUCAUCUGCUUAACAUUCAGUGUUUUUAAAUACUUUGAGUAAUUGUUCUGUUUUUUUUCCAUGCAUUGAAUUUGAACUGAGUGGCUUAUAAUGAACCAACUCCUUUCUCAUUACACUUCUGAAGUCAGGCAUGCACCUACUAGUCAGAACUGUGGAUAGCCGAAGGGUAGAGACAUCAAAGUUUAUAAGAACUGGAAAAUGUGGCCCUGCUGCCCUAUGGAGAACAUGCGCUGUGAACAGCACUGAUGGUCAUAACUCUAGCUGCCUGCUAUGGCACAAUGGCCUCGAAGGCCUGAAGGGGAAGGUGCAUUUGGUUUUGUCAAGCUCUUGAACUGCCUUUGCAUCAAAUUCGGCCUACAGUUAUAGUGGCAGUGGUGGUAACGUUGCAUCAGAUAAUUUGGAAAAGAAGAGAGAAACAUGUAGUGGUGCAAGGUCAGUAGAGAAAGUUUUCAUUCAAAUGUUGGUGGGUAAUUUGAGGCACAGAGAAACUAAGUAUUAUUUCCAGAAUCUGACAGCAGGUUUUGCAGUGCGAAAUACCAUCCAGGAGUCCUGACAAGCAUGUUACUCUGGCAUGAGUCUCCACUCCUCAGCUAUUUAGCAAAAUCUCUUGGGCUUUGGGGAAGGGAGGCAGGUUGAGAUAUAUGGGAAAGGAAAUGAGAAUGUUAUCUCCGCUUUAGUGGGUAAUACUCAUUUAAGAAUGGUUAGAGCUUUCUGAAUAAUGAAUAUAUUUCAAUAAUUCAUG